UGUAGCCUUCCGUGUUUCUGUCACAUUAGCCAGUUAGCCAGCUAACAUUAGCUGGUAAAUGAUGUAUGAUUGUUGUAAAAUCGGCUGAUUUUGUUUUCUGUCAAACUGCCUAAAAAUGGAGGAAGGCACCAACACCUGCAGCAGCUUCAUCAGGAGGAACUGCGCCACAAUUUCCACCCUGAUCGCCGUCGCUCUGGGCAUUGCUUUGGGCAUGACUCUGAAGACCUACGUCCCUAUGUCUAACCUUGACAAAGAGUACCUCGGUUUCCUGGGAGACAUACUCAUGCAGCUGCUUUCGAUGGUUACCGUUCCUCUUAUUGUUACAAAUGAGUUUUCUAGUCUGAGUGUUGGAACCAGCAGAAAAAUCAACAUGCGUGCAAUGACGUACUUUAUCUCAACCACUCUUCUGUCUGUUGCUCUCGGAUUAACGUUGGUUCUGCUGAUCGAGCCCGGGGCCGGUCACAUUCCUGGUAAAGUUCUGACAGACGAUGACGACGACGAAGAUGUCUCUUCUCUCUACGCCUUGCUUGAUCUAAUAACGAACAUGGCGCCAAUAAAUCUGGUUCAGGCUAACUUCCAACAGUACAAGACUAUCAAGUCUGGCUUUGACAUGGAGGAAGCCGAUCAAAAUUCUGGCCUGCAAACAAACAGCACAGAAUUUCGAAUGGUGGGCGAAUAUACUUCUGGACUCAAUAUUUUGGGCCUUAUUGUCUUUUUUGGAGUUUUUGGACUGGCUCUCAGGUCGAUGGGAGAAAAAGCCAAACUCUUCGUGGACAUCCUGAUCGCCUUCAACAAGGUCAUCAGUCGUGUGGUUUCUAUGAUAAUAGGCAUCAUGCCAUUCGGAGUGUUGUCCAUGACUGCAAGCUAUGUUGCUGAGGUUGGGGACAACUGGGAGACUGUCUACAAAGUUUUGAAUUUUGUCGGAGUUGUUGUUUGUGGGCUCAUCAUUCAUGGAGUGGUUGUCCUUCCGCUGAUUUAUCUCCUGUGUGUGAGACGGAACCCGUUUCCAAUCAUUUGGAGGGUUUCUCCGGCUAUAAUACGGGCCAUGGUCAUCUCACGCAGAUCUGCAGCCACGCUAACUUUCAAGUGUUGUGAGGAAAUAUUUGACAGAAGAAUCACUCGCUUCAUGCUCCCGAUCGGGAUCAACGUUAACAUGGACGGGACGGCCCUUUAUGAGAUGGCAGCAGCAGUUUUCAUCGCCCAGCUCAACGGCAUCAAACUGAACUGGAGCCAGUUAUUUAUCCUCGCUGUGACAGUCUCAGUGUCCAGCGUUGGAGAAGCAGGGAUCCCAGCCACAGGAUCAAUCACCACGCUCUUCAUUUUGACCGUCAUUGGGAUUCCUGCGAGGGAUGCUUCCCUUCUGCUGGUUGUAGAGUUGUUGCUAGAUCGAUGCAACACUGCUGUCAACGUCCUGGGAGACUGCAUCGGCGUGGCGCUUGUCGAGUAUUUGUCCAGAGGAGAACUCGCACAAAUGGAUGUGCAGGGACAGAGCAUGAUGAGAUCUGAGGCGGAAGAGUUUAACACUGAGAGUGACGGGAUCCAGGUUCACACCAGCACAGUCUGAGGCUGUUUCCACCUCGUAGUUAACAGAAAGUCAACCGC